UCCGGAAAUACCAAAUUUUUGCUCAGCAAUUGGAAGGUUAAGUCAUUGUGGAUUUGGGAUUAGAUCGCAUUAAUGGAAAUAGACUUUUGCUGACGAACACGUUCGUAGAUACUCUAGAUAUAAUUCGUGGCAAUUCUAUGAGUGAAUUGGCAGCCAUUUUUAAACUGCUCACUUACUAUAAUAGAAUAGGAAGGAUGUGGACAAUGAAAAUUGCAUUGAGAUAGUAAUGUAAACGAAUGACACUAAAUGGCUUGUAAUUGUCCGUGAAGGAAUAAAGAGUUCGUAUUGCCCAGUGCGAGUUUCGUUUCGAGUGGACGGUACUCGAGCGAACGAACUCCAUUCCCGUGAAAUUGAUGAAAUGGUGAACUGUCAACACCUUGCCAAUCUCAGAAUAUGAUUUUAUUUCGUACAUUUGCCGAGAGUUGGGGCGGCUUUGCCUGAGGUUCGUCGGUGAAGAUCGCGGAUUACGCGACUGGUCAUCGAAGCGAACGGGCACCGGCAUGCAGCAAUGUCGGUUUUAACAUGCGAGAGGAGAACGAGUGCAAAGAUCGUGGCUCUCGAAUGCUAAGUUCCUAUAAUAAUGGCAGAUAAUGUACACAGGAAAUCGCAUAAACUGUCGGAUGGUAGUAGAAAGAUAUCUAACCCAGUGCAUCGUACAACUACGGAGACAAUUCGGUUAGGAGAGCCAGACAAACUACACCAGCCGGUUAGCUUGACCACUUCAAGCAACGUGACCAGUAGUAAUCAGUGUCGAAAAAAGACGUCGUCUUUUCAAAUUACAAGCGUUACAGUCGGUUGUCGUAUGAGCAACGAUGCCGGCGAAGACUCAAAUGACGAUUUGGAUGAAUCCCACACAGAAGAUAAUUCUGUGGAACAUUCGCGUAUUACCGACAUCGAUAUCGAGACGCCUAGUUAUUCGGAAGAUACUUUCUCUAAAGAGGACGUAUUUUUCAACACCAGUAAUGCUGCUCUCAGUACUGCUCCGGUGAUUCCUACCAGUUCACAAUAUGGACUGGCCAUUGUACCCUCAGAAGGAAAUAGUGUCAACAAUUCGGUCAACGAUAGCAAUAUCAACACUUUAGACAUUACAUCUGUCACAGACAACAAUAUUAUUAAUUUACUAUCGAGUAAUGCUAAGCAAGAUGCUGAUUUGCGAGAGGUACAUUCACAUGGGAGAAAUGAACGUUUUAAAGUAGUCAAAAUCGAAAGUACAGAGCCAUUCAAGAGAGGUAGAUGGACCUGCAUGGAUUAUUUGGAUCAUACGUCAGUGAAUCAACCAACAGCUAUUGGUACCCCAAAAGUAUCAGAUCCAAAUGAGGUGUGCAUAUCUUAUGGAAUAACAGACAGUGGAAUUGUAAUCCCAGAUGCAUCUAAACAAUCUGUCGUAUCUGACGAUAAGAGCAUUAGUCUUGACGCCAAUGGAACAGUCCCCUCUCAUCCUGAUGUGCAUUCAUCAAUUGGUGUACCGAACAAUCCUACAGUUACAAGUGCAAAUUAUGCAGUAAACAGUUCAAUUCCCCCUACUGUACAACAUAAUCCCACGCAAGUUCAGACGCAAGCAAAAGUUCAACCACCUUCGCAAAUUCCUCAAUAUUUUCAGUCAUCCGCGCAACAGCUAGCUUCUCAACCGCAAGGACAGGGAUCUACGUUGCCAUCUAAUUUACAACCCACACAUCCAAAUAAUUUGGGACAACCUCAGAGUAUGCCUCAAGGUUCUAUACCUAUUAUAACUCAAACUAGUAGUAAUAGUGUUCCCCCUCAACAAAAUAUGACUCAUUCUAAAGAAGAUCCAUAUUUGGGAGUGAGCACGCAAAAUCAAUCUUUACCCGGUCAAACUGUUUGUCCUUCAUCAGUGCAGCAAACUUCUGUUCCAACUUCUCAAGCUCCAAAUAUACUUGUUACUCAACAUCCACCGCAACAGCAGCAACAGCCACAACAAUCACAACAUCCGCCGCAGCAGCAACAACAGCAACAGCAGCAGCAACAACAAACACAACACCCUCCACAACAACAACAACAGCAACAACCUCAACAGCCAUUGCAAACACAGAAACCAAUGACUCAGAUUUCCGAGCCACUAACUGCCGUUCAAGGAAUGCAGGGCAUUCAAAGUAUACAUAAAGUUCCUCAAACAGGUACACAACAAUCUUCCUCGACUAUUCAUGCACCAGGACCGCCAGUACAGCCUCAAGUUAUGCCAGCGACACAGAUGCAAACACAAUCCUCUGGUAGCAAUACUCAAGUGCAAAUGGCUCAAGUGCCAGCUGCUUGUCAAAAUGUUGUGGCAGGAAUGCAGCAAGGGACUAUAGCAUUUCAUCAACCUGAUCCAGAGCAGGACUCUAUUUCAGGCAUUGUUACUACUACUGCGACACAAUCGGCUGAUGCUACUCUCUUGGAAUCAUUAACUGAAGUUACACAAGGAAGCGAUGAACAUCAUACCCUUGAAGAUAAUGAAAGUGUGUCGGGAACAAGUGCAGUAGCGAUUGAUAAUAAAAUUGAACAAGCUAUGGAUCUGGUAAAGAGUCAUUUGAUGUUUGCCGUACGAGAAGAAGUUGAGGUAUUAAAAGAAAAAAUAGCAGAACUUAUGGACCGUAUUAAUCAAUUGGAAGCUGAAAAUUCAAUCUUAAAAGCACAUGCUACUCCAGAAACAUUGGCUCAAUUAAGUCAAACAACUGCAAAAUUACCCCAGAACAGUUCAGGAAGUGGUCAAUAGGUAACCAUUGUACAUAAGUUUCUAUCAAUACUUUGUCAGGAACAUAAUGGAUAAUAUAAUUAUUGUAUAUAACUUUACGAUUUUUAGAAAUUUAUAAAUAAUGAGAUUUAUUAUAUUAUACAUAUUAGCAUUAGUCUUUUUUUUUAAGUAAAUUAAAGAUAAUAGAUUAUUUUUUACUAUUUCAGUUUAUUGAUUAGGAAAUAUAUUUAAAACUGUACAUUGAAUUUUUCUUUCAAAAUGGUCAACCGUUUUGGAAAAACAUUGUUGCGAUCCUAGACACAAGCAAAGACGUAUAUGAAUGCAUGCCAGGACUAAACAGCAUACAUAACCAGAGUUGAUAUUGUUUUACGAUAGAAUUGAAGAUUUUGAACGUGUUAAAAGAAGAUAUUUAACGAUACGAAAUAGGCAGCUAGACAUCCUUAAUAUUAUUUUAAUAUUUGGCUAAUUUGGAUGAUCAAGUCAUUAACACAGUCAAUGUAAUAGUUUAAAAAGAAACUAAAUUUUGAGUGGUUUGGAUUAUUGUUAAGAUUUAAAUAUCGAAAUUAAAAAAUUACGUCGAUUAAAGCUGAAAUUAUGUUAAUAAAAUAAAAUUUUCAUUUGGUUUACAUCACACUUGAGGAUCUUGUAGUGUACCGUUCUGUAUUUUCUUAAAGAUUAUAAUGCCAAAAAGCAUUUGAAAGUAUUGUUCCUAUUACAUAUUUUAGUUAUCUAAUGAUUUUUACAUUGCAUUUUAUAAGGUAAAUCUUGGCACGACACAUUUUAAAUUUUAGUAUCAUGGAUGUCAAAUCGCAUAGUUUAUAUUUCGAUACUCGUGUCAUAGUCUCGUUUUUAAACUGAUAUGUAUUAUAUUUAACAACAAACAAGUGUCCAAGAAACUCUUAUGGUGUGCAUCUGAAAACUCGCAAUUUUCUGUCAUUUUAUGUUACAUCUUAUAUGAGCCUAAUAAAAAAAUUUUUUCAUUGUA